ACUUUAAUGGGGAACCGGAGUCGGUUAUCUUAUCUUGUAUCGGUAGGGGGCGCCACAGGAAAAUGCGGUCCAUUACAAAAAUGAUAAAACCUGUGAAGAUGGAUAAUCAGCAUCCAUUCUCGAAUACGAUAUCGGAAAGCACACACGUUUCAGUUACAAUCCUUAAUUUACUAUGGCAUCUAAUUGUGGUGAUAUGACUAUACCCGAACUUAAGAAGGAGUUAGAAAAGUUUGGAGCAAAGAAAUCAGGAAGGAAGUGGGAACUUGUGGAGAGACUUGAAGCCUACAGAAGAAAUGCACAUUGCGCUAAGACCGAUGUUUAUGGACCUGAAUUUAUGAUGAUGACGCCAGAUCCACAACUCUACAAGGACCUUCAUGGUGACAAGACCUUUCCAGGUUGCACAGAGGCAGAAAUUUCCACUUUCUUGUCGAAGUUUAAUAAGACAACUGAUAAGAAAGGAAGGGAUAUGUACAACGAUGGGUUUAUCCAGUAUGUGAGGGUGACAUUUCAUGAUUCAAAUUGGUUCGUUAGAAGUAGUGUAAAAGCUUCAAUGAUGAAGUCUGUGAAAUAUGUUGUUGACAUUAUGAUAGGAAAAGACAGAAGUGUUAUAGAGUCUCAAUGUGAAUGUGCGGCAGGUAUGGGACCCGAUGCACAUUGCAAGCAUGUCUGUGCUGUACUUUUUUCAUGUGCAGAUUUUGUUAAGCAUGGGACAUACAAAACAGAACUCACCUGCACACAGAGGUUACAAACUUUUCAUCGUGCUAAGCCCCAUAAAGGAAGCCCUAUGAAAGCAAGACAGUUGGACAUGCCAGGCUGUGACGAAGUAUGCAAUAAUGACUAUGACCCUCGUCCAGUUGAAUUUAGAGGCAAUCCGGGAUACCAGUCUUACUUUAGAAAUGUGUGCUUGAAUUACCCAGGUAUUAGUAAGACUCCAAUUUUUCAGCUGUAUGAGCCUGUAAACAUGAAAGCUUACAACCUGGACCAUGACUAUCUAAAAGACACGUUUAGUGAAAAUCAUUUGAAACUUUUAAAUGUAUCAGAAAUUUCAGAGGAGAAUGCACGUCAAGUUAUGAUAAAAACAGCUACACAAGCGGCCAACGACCUUUGGUUUGAGGAACGUUGCAAACGUCUUCAUUCUUCGGUAUUCGGGAGAAUAUGUAAAGCAACUGAUCGAACUGAUAAGGUGAAACUUGCAGACUUCUUAACAACAAAGGCACAAAAAAUUAAUGCCAAACCUAUUCUUCAUGGAAGAAAAUACGAAAAAAGAAGCUGUAAAGAAGUACCAGGAAAUUUCGGGACGCACAGUUUACGAUAG